UCUACGUUUUAGAGUGAAACAAGUGCUUGGGCCAUGUUACAGAAUAUCUCUUCUUCCAAAGCGGCUGUUUACUCGAAUUUUGAUGUUAUUUUCUUUACCUACUAUAUCAGAUGAUGAUGAUGAAGCUGCUGGUGGUCAGCAACAACAAUUAUUAACUUUAUUGCAAGUGAAUAAAGGAGAACUUACUUUUCCAGAAUAUAAAAGAACUAAAGAAACUUUGAUAUUUAAUGACAGAGACGAGUUAAUUCGGUAUGAAGAAGCUAGGCAACUUGAAAAUGACAUAUUCAAUGCUGUCGAGAGCAAAAAUUUUCAUUUGGCUAAAGAUUUAUUUAUUGAAGCUCAAGAAGAAUUUGAUGCACAAAUUAGUUCCAAUUUCAUAUUGAGGGCAGCAUCUAUGCCAGUUUUCCUGAAAAGAUAUACGUCAUUCCAUGUAUAUAUUCGUUGCAUGACACAAGGUGUAGAAAUUCUUCAAAGAUUAAGACUGUAUAAUGAAGCCGUGAUAUUGCUGAAAAGACUAUUGAAGCAAAAAGUUUUUUGUCAAGAUUAUCGUGGCCGCUGGUGGGACCGUUUGGCAUUAAAUUUGGAGCAACAUCUAAAAAAACGACAAGAAGCAAUUGAAGCAAUUAAAGAAGGAUUGCAAGAUAAAAAUGUCAGAGUUGGACAUCGUUAUUCUCUGCUGACAAGAGCUUUAAGAAUACUAAAAUCCACAAAUGAAAAUGAUGAAUUCAAAAAAGAAAUUUUAAAGGCUGCAGAUGUAAUUGAUGCACCAAAGGUAACUAUCAGAGGCCGCCUUUUCCCUAAAACUAUAAUCGGCCGUAGGCAUGUUUUCAUCUCUUCAUCAGCUACUGCUGAAGAUAAUGAUGACAUUACAGUCUUAGGUGUUGAAGCACUAGCUAUUGAACAUUACAAAAGUCAAGGGUUUACUGAAGGUGUUCAUGGUGAAGGUUCAACAUUCAUUUCUUUAUAUGCUCUUUUAUUCUGGGAUAUUAUUUAUGAUGGGAGUAUACCAGAUGUGUUUAUUAGUCCUUAUCAAACGCAUCCAUUGGAUUUAAAUUCUGAUUCUUUCUUCCAUACCAGAGAAAAACAGAUUUUAAGCCACUUGGAGAAUAUAAGGUUAUCAACAACAGAAGAUAUAAAAGAAAUAGUCAAAACAACUUGGGAAAACCAUUUUGGAAAAUCGUCUCUUGUGUCAUGGGACAGAUUUACAGAUGUUGAGCAUGUUAUGGGUUUAGUUGCCUGUAUGGGUAAUAAUCUACUUUGUGGCAUAUGUGAAAGGCUUGCCAGGGAUUUUAGAUUCACAAGAAGCGGUGUUCCUGAUCUUGUUGUAUGGAAUCCUGAAACAUUAUUAGUCAAAAUAGUAGAAGUUAAAGGACCUGGUGAUAAGUUAUCUUCCAAGCAGAUACUUUGGUUAGAUUAUCUCAUAAAACGUGGUGCAAACGCUGAAGUUUGCUUAGUUGAAGCUGUUGGAUCAAAAAAACUUAAAAAGGAAUAAUAUGUGUAUAAUUUUUUUUUUAUUUUUAUACUUAAAAAUCUUCAAAAAUUUUAAAAAUGUUCAAAAGGUCCAUGUUCAUAUUUUUAUAAUAAAUAUUUAUUUAAUUAAGUAAUUUGAAUUUUCCCCCUCUCCAUUCAUGUUUCACAGAACGCUAUUUUGUUAGGUCAUCUUUAUUGUGAAGUAAUGAAGCAUCUGAUGGUGGUAGUAGAGUUAUUGGCACAUAACCAGAAAGGUUAUAAGAAUCUGAAUGUGUCUAUGUAUAUUUUUUAUUUGCUUUGUAGAAAAAUAGUGACUCCUAUAGCCAUCAUAUUUUGAAAACACAUAGUUCUCCAUCCUUAUGUGCAUAUCAAAGCCGAAAUUUUGAAUUUCAAGUUUGAUCAUUUAUCAAAGUGUAACAUAUUUGUCUUUCAAAUCUAAUCAACAAACUCAUUUAUUUAAAAGCAGUGUGAAAUCAAUUAACACACUUCUAAAAAUUUUUUUUUUUCCUUUUUAAUCUGUUGGAUUUAAAUAUAAAAGCAUUUAAUUGUCUUCUCUAGCUGGACUUGUGCUAAUAAUUCGUACAGAAGUUUUUCAGUAUUCAUUUAAUCCAUCCAAUUUAUGCUAUCUUGUGAUAACAAUUGCUUUAAGCUCCAUGAUUUUUUUUCAUGGUUCUUUGAGAGAAAUUCAUUGAAAAAAAAAAAAAAAACUUUAGAAAUAAUAUGUAUUAUAAUGAUUGCUACAGAGUGAUCAUUGUACCCCUAAUAUAAAGUUUUUCAAUGAAAACAAAUACAAAAUAAAGUGAAACAGUUGACAUUAUAGUUAAUAUCAUUGCUGCCAAUAUGCACUGAAAACUUCAAUAGCAUAACUUAAAAUAAUACGCAUAUAGCUGAGAAGAUCUGAAGGAAAGAGAUAUGCUGAUCUGUAUUUAAUUGUUAAACAGUAAGAUGCUUUUAUGCACUGAAAAAUAAAAUGCUUUAAAAUAAUUUUCUUUAUUCCUGACCUUUGUGCCCGUGUGCAGUAAAAUAAAUUUUGAUUAGGUAGAAUCAAAUAAAAAAUGUGAACGAAUUUAAAUCAAGAAUUAAAAUCAAUAUGCAAUAUGUUAUCUAGAAGGUACACACACACACACACACACAUAUCCUCCCCCCAAAAAAAGGAGAAAGGGGGUAAGAAAAGCUGUGCAUGUUCGAAGUAUUAAACUUAUUUCACAUGCUUUGGGCAGAACUCUCAACAUCACCAAUGGUAAGCAUCUAAGUUUCUCAUGUGCUAUUAGCAGUUAGCUUUCCAUGCUUAUUAGAGAUGUGGGACGAGUUUCGAAGAUGGUGUCACAUCAAGAGAAGGCUUGCUGUACGCUCCAUUUUGAAGUGAACAAAUUUUAAUUGCAUUGCAACAUCUGAUAUUUUAUAAUGGCUAUUAGUGUUUUUUUCAGGUGCUAAUGAUCUUCUAAGAAAAUUGCUUUUAGAAGUCUGCCACAAAGUUUAUCAUUAGGCCUACUUUUUUAAGUGAAAUUGUUCAGUUUAUAAUAAUUAGCUAGUUUUUACCAGGCCAGUUUCGAAGAUGGUGUCACAUCAAGAGAAAGCUUGCUGUAUGCUCCAUUUUGAAGUGUACAAAUUUUAAUUGCAUUGCAAAAUAUUUUAUAAUGGCUGUUGAUUCUUUUUUCAGAUGCUAAUAAUCUUAUAAGAAAAUUGUUUUUAGAAUUCUGCCACAAAGUUUAUCAUUAGGCUUACCUUUUUUAAGUGAAAUCAUUCAGAUAAUAAUAAUUAGCUUAGUUUUUACAAUAAUUUAAUCUCAAUUCUAAUAGUCACAUAAUAGUGGAAGAGGGGGGGGAAUGUGGGUAAAGACUGAUAGAAAAGCAAAAUACCUCGUGUGGAACCUCAUUUGCAUAGCUUGCUUAUUUGUAAUGACUAUUUAAUUUUCAUAGUUCUACAAAUUUUUCUUCAUAGUAUUGUAAUUCAACUAUCAAAAUGUAUGUUUUAUUUGACUUAUUGCUACUCUGGAAAUGAGUAGCAAUAAUUUUUUUAUUAUUAUUUCAACUGUAUUUUUAAAUUUACCAUUUGCUGAUGUAGUUUUCUCAAACAGUAUUUUUAUUAGACUUAGAUUAUUAACUUUUUAAAAUAAAAUGUUUACUGCAAAAUGUAAAAAUGCAAAUUUAAGUAAAAGAAUUUUUGCUAGACAUUUAUUGAAACAUUUUACUGUAAAAUAUGAAAAAGUAACUGCGAGUAUAAAUAAAGUUUGCUGCCAAAUCA